AAUCACAUCUCAGUUCUUCAACUUCAAACAUCAUCUCUAAUAAUCCGCCACCAUGGACGCACCCAAGUCUUACUAUCUCUACAACCCUUCGGAGCCUUUGGCUGGAGUUGUCGCGGGCCUCUAUGGAGUGAGUUUUUGUAUCACCCUCUAUCAAAUUAUUAGGAAAAAAGCCUGGGUAUGGCUUUUUAUGUUGCUUGCUAUUGCGAUGGAGGUCAUUGGCUACGCAGCUCGAGUCGUAUCCGCUACUAAGCCAACGGAAAAGGGACCUUACGUGCUUCAGUUCACACUUGUGAUUUUACCCCCAGUAUUGAUGGCCGGAGUCAUCUAUGUUAUCUUCGCCAGAAUUGUCUUCUGGGUUGUUCCCCCUGAGUCGAGAACCCUGCGAUUUCUCUGGGUCCCUCCUCGCUUCAUCACUCUUCUCUUCGUUGGCUUCGAUGUCAUCUCGCUCCUCCUCCAACUUGUCGCCGCAGUUCUCAUCGCCGGUACCGACCCCACUGAUCCAGAUGCGAAGAGCAAACUCAAUCUGGGUAAGACCCUUGGUCUUGUCGGUGUGAGCACUCAAAUUGCCGGCUUUGGUCUUUUCACUGUCUCCGCCAUCCGCUUCCACUUCACUACGAGACGACUAAGUCCCGACUUUGCCAAGGAUAAUCAGGAGAAGCAUGGUAUUGUGAAGAAGUGGCAGACCCUACUCAUUGUAGUCAAUGUCUCAUGCCUACUCAUUCUUAUCCGUUCCAUCUACCGUGAGAUUGACUUCGCCGGCGGCAAGGAUGGCACUACUCACCAGAAAGAGUGGUAUUUAUAUGUGUUUGAUACCCUGCCGAUAUUGCUCGUCGUUUUCCUCUACAACGUCUUCUUUCCUGGUAGCUAUCUUAAGCACCUUGGUUUCAAAGUGCCCAAGGAACAUCAGGGGACGGUCCUGGACGCGGAGACAGCCGACAAGCAGACUUCAACAACUACAGAGUCUGUAUAAUGCGAAACAUUUUGACUACAGAUAUUUCAAGCGCCAGUGGGCUUCUGGGUGGGAUUGAGAGGUUCUUGCUUGUUUUUCUUGUGCUUUAUGGGGUUUCUUGUUCGACUUUGCCUUUUAUCAACGAUAUGCUUCAAGCGUUAAGCAAACAAUAUCAGUUUAUGUAGCCAAAUAGAAUCACUGUUAUCUGGUAUUCAAGCAUCACCGGGCUCCCGACCGUCUUUUGUAUCGUCUAGGCUAGUCUAUG